UAUUCCGCCAACUCGCUCGGUAUAAAAUCUUCAAAAACAUUCCUCACCACCAGUUUGUAGCAAAAGUCUAGCAGAUGUGCGGACCCGUCUAUAACUUCUGAUAUUUUUUCUAAUUACAAUACAGAUUAUAUUUAAAUUGUAAACUUCAAUGGUAUAAAACCGAAGCAACGUGAAAUCGUCCAGUGAUACGGUUUCUAAGGCAAUCAAAAUGGUUAUUCGUAUUGUAGCUAGGAAAAAUAUAUUCGCGCUUUUUGACACCACUCUAACCAUGUUGGCGAAAAUGCUGUGUUUAUUGCUAGUGAUAUGUACAGUCCAGUGUCUUCAGUUGGACAGUCAGGCUUCGACGAGGCGGCCGAGAGUUACCAAAUACACCAAGACUACUCUAACACCUGGUGCUUCUACGGAGUUGGCGACAGAGCGCAGUCUACUGACGGCGACCUACCGUCUUCUAGGAGGCGGGGGAGAGACCUGCAUCCUGCUUACCGUGGACGCCCUCCUUGAUAUCUCUUAUCUGACGAAACUCAACGAACGUGCUGAUGCCAAUACCUUCGUGCCUAACAACGCGAAUGUUGCUGGAGUGUGCAAGGAAGGUGACGCUGAGACCCUGGUGCUGUCUUUCAAAGAAUUCGCCUUGGAAUGGUCUUUCGCAAAGACUCCAGGUGGUGAGCGUUGGUAUUCAGAUAAUCUGAAGCUGACGUACAACUCCAGUUCUCGUAUACUGGAGCACGCGGCGCAGCAAGGCCGGCGAGUGACGCUGACCGCGGGCCCGCGCGCCUUGCUGUUCCCUACUCCAGUUGGCAAAUCGUACUACUGCCCUGAAGAAACUAUUAUAGAACUCACGGAAGGUGAUGCCAACUCCAAAGUAGCUCAUCGUGCGAAACUCUACUUACGUCAGAUGCGUCUGCAAGCGUUCAUGUUCAAACGUGAUGGGGAAUUCGGUCCUCCUUGGCAUUGUACCGACUCCGCGCGUACCAGGUCUGAGGCCGUACCGGUAGCUGUUGGGUCCGCUUUAGCUAUUGCCACCGCUGGUACACUCGUCGGGUACGCUAUCUGGCGUUACUUAAAAGUCAAAAAGGUUCAAUAUGAUACAAUGGAGUAAAAAAAAGUUUGUUUUUUGACAUGUGUAACUUCUGAACUGGCUCAAAAGAUCAGAUCAACGAUGUGACUCAACUCAUAUCGAACGUCGGUAUUUGAGCUGAUCUGUGAGCCAGUUCACUGAUCUGCUUCACCUAUAAGAACCGUGAGCUGAUCUGCAGAUCAUAAAUUUUAGUUGAGUUAUACAUGUCUAUAGUUUUGGAUAAAGGUAUUUUCAUUUUUUAAAAUUCUUGUUUCUUU